CAUGAAAGCUCUAGAAUUGAUUGGAAAAACUUAUUAUCAAGAUAUUAAUGAAUGUGAAUCAGAAUUGGGCAAAAAAUGUCAUUUUAACAACGGCAUAUGUUUAAAUACAUUUGGCUCUUUUUCUUGUUCUUGUCGUCAUGGUUUUGAACUAAUAUCGGAAGCUAUUUGCUCCGAUGUAGAUGAAUGUAGCAUAUUGAAAAACGAGUCGUGUCCGAUUGGAGAAUAUUGUUUCAACACUAUUGGAAGUUUUGAAUGUGUUACAAAGCAAAGGGCAAUAAAGGCAGAGAAGCUAAAAAAGUCUAACCUUAAAAUUUGCCCAAAAGGAACUUGGGGAAAAAAUUGUUCAAAUACUUGCGGCGCUUGUAAAAAUCACCUUAAUUGCAAUAGCAUUACAGGAGUCUGUAAAAACGGUUGUGAUAACGGUUUCAUUACCAAGUAUUGUAAUAAAACCUCUACUUUAUUGAUAAGUAACAAGUUAACGAAAAAGAACAGUGAUAUUAGAUUGAAGAGGCGAAAUAAAAGGUGCCAUCCCAUUUAUUCCUGUCACGGCUAUGGAAUGUGUAUUAGGGGAGAAUGCAAAUGUAUGACUGGAUAUUUUGGUUCAGACUGUCGUCAAGUAUCCGGAUUCUAUAUGCUAGAAAAAUCUUGGGCUAUUGAUGGUUUUCGGCCCAUGUCCAUGUCAACUCAAUCUCUUCUGGAAUGUAGGAAUAAUUGUAUAGCCAACAAUUGUUUAGCCUUCGAAUUUGAUCAUUUCGCAAAAGGCAAGAACUGCUUCCUCAUAGAUGACUAUACUCCAUCUUUUAGAGAGAAUCGAACUGUCCAUAAAUGGUCAUAUAUAGAUAUUAACGAGUGUUUAUCAAAUCCCUGUCGAAAUAACGGAUCGUAUUGUCAAAAUUUAGUGGGAUCUUUUUUAUGUUUACACAAUCAACCGAGAUCUUUAGUCUCGACAUCCUCAAGAAAUUUAAAUGUUACAUUUCCAAUUACUUUUACAGUAAUAAGCAAUUUAAAUCCAGCGUUAGAAAAUCCGGCUUCAAUCGAAUUUAAUGAAGCUUCAAAUGAUUUAUCAAAGGAAUUGCGAGAUAUAAUUGAAGAUUCUUUAGGUAGAAGUGUUACAAUUGGUAUUGCAUCAGCUAUUGAAGAUGAUAGUAAAAAUAAAAGAUCAAAAAGAUAUGCGUCGCUAACCAAUUGGAAAAUUUUGGGAUGCGAACUUAAUCCUUGUCAAAAUGGCGGGGCAUGUUUAUAUGAUGCUGAAAAGCAAAGAAAAGAAUGUUUUUGCCCACCCAACUAUUAUGGCAGUUGGUGUCAGCAUUUUGAAUCUUCAUGUUCUAAAAAAUGUGGUGAAAAAGCUAUAUGUCGAAAUGUAGGUAAACAAUGUGCCUGCUUGCCUGGUUGGACCGGGAAAUACUGCCAAGAAAGAAUUGAAGAUGGCGUUUGCCCACUGCUAUUCUGUGGUGAAAGAGGUGUUUGUAGGAAAAAUGACUUUGAUUCGAAAACACUCUCAAGUGGUCAAUAUGAGUGUCUGUGUGAAGAUAACUGGACAGGUACUAAUUGCAAGUGGGAAAAGGCCGGAUGUUUAAAAGACCCCUGUCAAAAUGGUGGAACCUGUACGGUUUUCGAAGUGGGAAGAAUAUUGAAAUUUCAAUGUUCAUGCCCCGAAGGGUUUAGAGGCCUAUAUUGUCAGCAAGACACAUUAAAUCCUUGUAAAUCAUCAGAAUGUAUUCAUGGAGUCUGUAAACCCACUGGGUCUUCUUACGAAUGCAUUUGUAAAACCGGUUACGCAGGCAGGUGGUGUGAAGUUGAAGAAAAUGACAAGUGGAAGGACACAAGUACUUCAGAUGAAUCAACAACAAAUAUGGACAAUAUUGGUUUCUGGGUAUCGUUGACAGUCCUUUUAUUAGUUGCAAUAGGUUUAUUUGCUAUAAUAGUUUAUUGUUUAAUUGAAUUUUGUACUUUGAUUUGGGGAAAAAUGCAAAAACCGAGUGACUAG